GCCAGCACAGCCAUGGCCGGAGCGCCCACCCUGGCCCUGCUGCUGCUGGGGCAGCUCCUGGCGGUGGCCACAGCGCAGAAAGCGGGACCUCCAGGCCCACCAGGCCCCCAAGGCCCACCAGGAAAGCCGGGCAAGGAUGGUACAGAUGGAGAAGCUGGUCCUCCGGGCCUACCUGGGCCCCUGGGACUGAAAGGGGCCCCAGGGAAGCCAGGGGAGCCUGGAGAACCGGGACUGCCGGGCCUGCCGGGCGUGGACGGUCUGCCUGGGCCAGAUGGCCCCCCUGGACCCAAGGGCGCUCCUGGAGAACGGGGAAGUCUGGGACCCCCGGGGCCGCCUGGACUGGGAGGCAAAGGCCUCCCUGGACCCCCAGGAGAGGCAGGAGUGAGUGGCCUUCCAGGUGGCGUUGGCCUCCGUGGCCUCCCGGGUCCCUCUGGACUUCCUGGCCUCCCCGGGCCCCCAGGACCCCCUGGACCCCCCGGACACCCAGGGAUCCUCCCCGAAGGUGCCACUGACCUCCAGUGCCCAGCAGUCUGCCCGCCCGGCCCCCCAGGGCCCCCAGGGAUGCCAGGGUUCAAGGGACCCACUGGCUACAAAGGAGACCAGGGAGAAACCGGCAAAGAUGGCGAGAAGGGUAACCCUGGACCCCCUGGGCCUGCUGGCAUCCCAGGCACCGUGGGAGUGCAGGGCCCCCGGGGACCACGAGGACUGCCAGGCCCACUCGGGCCCUCUGGGGACCGGGGCCCCAUUGGAUUCCGAGGACCCCCCGGGAUCCCAGGAGCACCCGGGAAGGUGGGCGCCAGAGGUGAGAGGGGCCCAGAGGGGCUCCGUGGCCCCAAGGGUGACCUUGGCAGACCUGGUCCCAAAGGAGUCCCCGGAAUGGCCGGGCCUGCUGGGGAGCCGGGCAUGCCGGGCCAGGACGGCAGGGACGGCGUGCUGGGACUCGAUGGCGAGAAGGGAGAGGCCGGUCGCAAUGGCGCCCCAGGAGAGAAGGGUCCCGAUGGGCUGCCGGGACUGCCAGGCCGCGCAGGGUCCAAGGGCGAGAAGGGAGAACCGGGCAAAGCUGGGGAGCUGGGCGAGGCCGGUCCCUCGGGAGAGCCAGGCGUUCCUGGAGACGUUGGUGUGCCCGGGGAGCGUGGCGAGCCUGGCCACAGGGGCUCAGCGGGGGCCCUUGGCCCACAAGGCCCUCCUGGGGCCACAGGCAUCCGAGGCUUCCAGGGCCAGAAGGGCAGCAUGGGCAACACGGGGCUUCCAGGCCCCCAGGGCCUCCGAGGCGAAGCUGGUGACCGGGGCUCAGGAGGUGCCGCGGGCCCUAAGGGAGACCAGGGCAUUGCCGGUUCCGACGGGCUUCCUGGGGAUAAAGGAGAGCUGGGUCCCAGUGGCCCUGUUGGGCCCAAAGGAGAGUCUGGCAGUCGAGGAGAACUGGGCCCCAAAGGCAUCCAGGGUCCCAACGGCACCAGUGGCGUCCAGGGCGUCCCCGGCCCUCCCGGCCCCCUGGGCUUCCAGGGUGUCCAGGGCACCCCCGGCAUCCCCGGGAAACCAGGCGUUCCGGGGAAAGAGGCCAGCGAGCAGCGCGUCCGGGAGCUGUGCGGGGGCAUGGUCAGCGAACAAGUCGCACAGCUGGCUGCGCACCUGAGGAAGCCCUUAGCGCCAGGACCCAUCGGCCGGCCAGGUCCAGCAGGCCCCCCGGGCCCCCCGGGCCCCCCAGGUCCCAGCGGGCACCCUGGUGCUCGAGGGCCGCCUGGGUAUCGUGGUCCUACCGGGGAGCUGGGAGACCCCGGACCCAGAGGAAACCGAGGCGACAGAGGAGACAAGGGCACAGCAGGCCCAGGGCUGGACGGGCCUGAUGGAGACCAGGGGCUGCAAGGACCACCAGGCGUGCCCGGGAUCAGCAAAGAUGGCCAGGAUGGUGCCCAUGGUGAGCCCGGCCUGCCCGGCGACCCUGGCCUGCCCGGCGCUAUUGGGGCGCAGGGCACCCCAGGGAUCUGUGACACCUCAGCCUGCCAGGGAGCCAUGCUAGGAGGGGCCGGGGAGAAGUCGGGGCCCAGGAGCUCAUGAACAGAGCUGAGCAAGCAGCAGGACGGCCCCCAGGAGUCGGCAUCCCAUCUCAAGGGGCCGCUCAGCAGGCUGCUGACACCCCGGAGCCCUAGGCAGCCCUGGGAGCACCCUGGCCCAGUCGGGAGCUGCGUUCACCCACGAGAUCACACCUCGACAGGCCUGUGUGGCACAGCUCACGCAUCCCGGGGUCCCGCGUGGGCAGGGCUCGUGGUCCCGGUCGCCACUGUUUACAGAGCACUGUGUAGACUGCAUCUGACGCCAAUCAAGGGACGCAGCAGAUCUCCAGGUUAAC